AUGAAAUUCACCGUCCAGUCAAUCCUCGGCCUCCUCGGUCUCGCCUCCGCAAACCCUCACCUUCACGAUCCUCACCACUGGCACCCGCCGGGUCCAGGAGACUUCCGCGGCCCCUGCCCCAUGAUGAACACGCUCGCAAACCACAACUUCCUCCCACACGACGGCCGAAACCUUACGCGUGAGGUCGUGGUCGAUGCCCUAGCCUCAGCUCUAAACUUCAACGAGUCGCUGGGCAGUCUCAUGUUUGAUAUGGCUAUCGUGGCGAAUCCGCAGCCGAAUGCUACGUAUUUCACUCUGGACCACCUAAACAGACACAACGUCCUCGAACACGACGCCAGUCUUAGCCGCGCCGACGCCGCCCACGGCUCAAACCACAUCUUCAACCGCACAAUCUUCGCCCAAACGCGCGCCUUCUGGACGGCGGAAACCCUCACAGCGCAGAUGCUCGCGAACAGCAAGAUUGCCCGGCAGAUUGUUUCUCGCGCGUUUAACCCGAACUACACGUUCACGGCGUCCACGGAACAGUUUAGUCUCGGCGAGGUCGCGGCCCCGAUUAUCGUUUUCGGGAAUAUGGAUAAGGGAGAGGUCGAUAGGGGCUUGGUGGAGUAUUUCUUUGAGAACGAGCGUCUCCCGACUGAACUAGGCUGGACCACGAAGAGCGAGCCGAUUACGCAGGAGGCGGUUCUAGGCGUAUCUCUCAUGAUUGACGAGGCUCAAAACCUGCUCACAGGUUCCACCGAGGGAUCUGGAUCUGCUUCGGCGCAUGCGCGCGGGGCGGAUCUCCAUUCUGGGCUCCGGCUUUGA